CUGUUAUCAUGACACGACUGACUGAUAGAUACCAUUGACAUAUUAUCUACUUAUUACAAGUUUUGUGAAAAUAUUAAAUUAAUUUAUAAUUAAGAUAUUAAAAUUUAUUAGCCUGUAAUAAAUAGUGGAUUUCGGUUACCUUACCACUUUAAAUAUAAAAAAAUAAUGAAACCAUGUUUGUAUUUCGUUGUUACAUCUAGUUGGUUUUAGUGAUUUUGUAACACUAUAAAAUAAACCAAUUUAGAAAAAAAAAUGCUGCAGUAAAUUUUUGUGUAGCUACUGAAUGACCGGCGUAUUUUAGACGAUGGAUUUAUUAAAAACGCCAUCGGUUCAGUCUUUACUAGACUCCGACUUGGAAUCAGUAGAAAGUCUUCAGUAUUUGGAUAUUGAGGAGCUGGAUGAAGUUGAAUAUGCUUUGCCUGCAAGUGAGGCUCCUACACUAGCUGAAGUAUUAUCUACUGAAGAGGAAGAAGUUCAAAACAGUGAAACUAAAUAUAUUGAAGAUACUGCUGCUUGUUCAGCACUACAAGUAGAAUUUUUGCAGGGUAUAUCACAGCAGCUCUUACAAGCACAAGAUCGGUCAUCAGCGGGUGCCGCAACUGCACUUAGUGUGGGAAAUGAUUCAAAAUUGACUGUAGGAACAGCACACGGCCAUCUACUUUCAUUUCAUGAACAAACUUUAAGAUGGGUCUGUGAUUUAAAUACUGACAGAGGAGCAGUAUCAUGUCUGGCAUAUAAUCAAGAUUGCACACGACUUCUUGCGGGUUACGCGAGAGGGCUUAUAUGCCAAUACGAAAGUGUUCAAGGAACUAUACUGCGACGAGUCACUUUGGGAGGGGAAUUGUGGGGUACUUUACGUGUCACAUGGGCUGGCACGUCUGGACUGGCCCUCGACACUGGCGGAUCUGUUUGGUUGAUUAAAUUCUCGAGGCCUUUAGGAGUGAGAUCUGCUCGUUCUUCAUGCCUGUUUUCGGGAGCUCGAGGAGAAGUUGUAGCAAUGGCUGCGCGAGACGCUCGUAUUUUAGCACUUGCGACGCUAUCACGAGUUAUUAUAGUGGCAGGAGGCCGAGCUGCGGGAUUACGGCUUACCGGCCCUCCGGAUACUCUGCCAGUUCUAGAGUGGAGCGAAACAGACGAGCGGGUGUUAGUAUGUGGACGUUCUAUAACUCUACAAUGGCUGUCACUGACCAUAACCGGAUCAUCUAUAUGUUUGAAGCCAAUCCAGAAAGUCGUACUGACGACAACUCCAUUAUGGCUUGGCUGGUUAGGAGGUAAUCUCGCUAUUUUCGACUCAGAUGAAAAUUUAAGGUUGUGGGGGGAGGACUAUAAUAAGCCUUUGGAUCUUUCACAUAUGGAACCAGUUUACGCAUCAUCCUUUUUCAAGGGCCACUGGACGGACGGGCGUGUGUCUCGUGCGAUGUGUACGGCGGGCGUGAGCGCUCUCGGCGGCGCGUGCGUGUCGGCCGGCACGCUGUCCUUGUUAGGGCGGCGCGGCAUCGUCCGCGUACGACCGAGGCAUUUACUUGCGAGGGCACAAGCCUUCUUGGCUUCUGGGCGACACCUGAACGCAUUACGUCUUCUGUGUUCUGCACAGGGAGCAGAAGCAAAGUCCGUCGCUAACCAAUUUAUAGACAACAUUUCUGAAAGACCCUAUAUCUUGACUAACAAGCAAGUUGCCGAUCAAACUGUGAAGUUAUGCUUGAAGUAUAAUUUAAGGGAUGAAUUGUGGAAUCGUUUAUGGGAGCAGUGUUCAAAUGAAAAAGCAUUCGUUGAAUCCAUAGCUGAGGCAGCAGCUCGCGGAGAAUUAUCAACGGCAGAGUUAUCACCUUCACCGGAUUCUACUCAGGCACUUAUUGAGAAGCUGGCGGAGUUUGAACCAGACCUUGUAGAGCGCGUUAUAGCGUCAUUGCCCCUCACGUCCAUCGACCCGCACCGGGCGAGUGUCCUCACAAGAGAGAAAGGCCUGUGGCGGGCGGUCGGUGCAAUCGCGGCAGCACUCGGCGGAGGUAGCGGGGCAAUGCGGAGCCUGGCGGCGCACGUGGGCGCGUGCGGCGGCGCGGUUGCCGGGCGGUGCGCGGGCGGGCGGUGCGCGGGCGCCGCGCUGGUGGUGGCGGCGGCCGACGCGCUGGCGGGCCGCGGCGCCGCCGGCCGCCCGCUGCCGCAGCACGCGCGCCCCUCCGCCCGCCACGACGCGCUGCACGCGCUGCUGGCUUGUGAUGAGAACGAGAACGGGGGACGAUCUCCUUUAAGAAUAAUGGUAGAGCACGACGCGGCGGCUGCAGUACGGCUUCUCGAGCAGAGCGCCCGCGACCCGCCUUUCGUGGGCCCGCUCGGCAAACAAAACAAACUACGAGUAGCACGUGCCUUGCUAAGUUUUGCAAGGGAUUUACCAGAAACUGAUGACCGUGCCGAUAUAUUGGAAUUUUUAACUGGACAGUUGAAUUCCAACGCACUUCCAAGCGACCAAGAAGUUAUUAACAGUCUUCGGGAACUGGCCGCUAUAACUAAUUGCGAGCGGGCCGAUCGUGCGUGGUUGACAAUCAUAACUAGAGGACGUGCACAAAGUGAACUCCUUGAAGAACAGUACAUGGCUGCUGACCAACGCCCGCGGGUUUUGUGGCGUAUAGAUGCAUUAUUGGGUCGACAUGAACGCGCCCUUGUACAGUUUUUUAACAUAACGUCUCCAUCCAAUACUGAUAUAGAUGAACUAUUUGAAUUUCUCCGUCCUCUAAUGGAUGGAAAUGAUGAUUCUAAGAAAUUAUUUGAAUCAUAUCUCCCAGAAAUUAUUAAACUCAGACCGAGGGCUGCAGCCUGCUUAGCCGGCGAAUAUCUGGCCGAAAUCGGUGCUUCGAUUUUACAAACGUUAUCUAACGAACAGGCCAUUGAAUUCGGUCAGAGUCUCCUGGAGGCGGGGCAUCUGCACGGUGAUGCCGCAGCUGCACACUUAAGAAAUCUUUGCCGUCAUCGCCCUGAAGAUGUUCGAUCAUUUCUAUCCGAUAACGUGGGUAUUUUACGCCCAGAAGAGGCACUGAUGAUAGUACGUACCGAAGGCCCGGCCGAAGCAGAACCGUUUUGUCUCGAAGCAGUCGGUGACCCGGGUGCAGCUCUCGAUGCGAUUUUACGACUCGCCCUCAAAACCGACGACGAGCAGACGUCUUCGCGUCUGGUGACCGAGGCCGGCGAGCUAUGUUCUCGUGCGGCAUCCACCGUCCCGCCGGGCGCCGCGGCCGACAUGUGGGCGCGCCUGCUGCGCCAGCUGCGCGCGCCGCCGCCCGCGCUGCUGCUGGAGGCCGCCGCCUACCUGCCGCCCGAGGACACGCUGCGCGGCGCCUGCGAGGCGCCGGCCGUGGCGCUGGCGCUGCUGGCUUGCGCCGCCAGCCGCCGCGCCGCGUGGCAGUGCACGGCGCGGGCGGCGGCGCGCGAGGCGCACACGGCGCUGGCGCGGGCGCUGGCGGCGGCGCGGCGCGGCGUGGCGGUGCGCGGGCGCUGCGUGCGCUGCGCGCGGCGGCUGGCGGAGCGCGCGGCGGUGCGCACGGGGCACUGCGCGCGCGCCACGCACGCGGACUGCGAGGCGGAGCAGUGCUGCGGCCAGUGCGGCCGGCGCGUGCCCACGGACUCGGUGACGCUGGCCGCGCGCGCGCCCCGCCGCCGCUCUCCGCAGCGCGACUCGGGCUUAAUGAUGAUAACUCCACCCGGGCUCGAUCUCAAUGGUGCGUAGUAGAAUUGAAACGGAUUUAUCGAUAAUUCAUAAUUAUGUUAAAAGUAACCGAGUAACCAGUAGGUAUUGAGUUAAGUUUCAAAUGUAUUUACCGUAUUACAUUAAAAAUAUAUUACUUAAAGAAA